AUGGUGGGUUUCAGACGCAUAACUCUCGCUGCCGUCGUGGCAGGUGAACUAGCCUGGGUUGGUCCCGCCGAGACGAUGGCGUUCACCGUCCCAAGUGCGUCAGGGGCGAUGCCGGUGACUCCUCAGAGUGCGAGGCCCUCGUGGUCAGCCGCUCGGCCGAAUGCCUUCAGAUCCACGGCGCAUUCUCAGUCUGCUGUCAGACCACACUCCGCGUUUGUGACGCAUGCGAUGGAGACUGCCGACGCGACUGGAACUCAGCACCGAGCAGCCGGCUCCGCCGGCGAAGGUACAGCCCAGUCGGCGUUUGCAAUCGAUUUGACUGGCAAGACUGCUUUCGUUGCCGGCGUAGCAGACAGUCAGGGAUACGGCUGGGCGAUCGCGAAACACCUCGCCAGCGCCGGAGCUCGUGUGGCGCUGGGCACGUGGCCACCAGUUCUUGGACUCUUUCAGAAGUCUCUCCAGAGUGGGAGACUUGACGAGGAUCGGAAACUCCCGGAUGGUUCCCUUUUGGAAUUCGCAGGAGUGUACGCCCUCGACGCAGCCUUCGAUAAGCCUGAGGAUGUGCCUCAAGACGUGACAAAGCCCCUUCUUGAGACGAGCAGGAAGGGGUAUCUGGCGGCCUCGAGCAACAGCGCCUAUUCCUUUGUCUCUCUUCUUCAACACUUUGGACCGAUCAUGAACGAAGGCGGCAGUGCCGUCACCCUGUCUUACUUAGCUGCGGAGCGUGUUGUUCCAGGCAAGUUUCUCGACCCGCAGAAAAGCAUUCUCCGAGAGAGUUCACAAUUUCAACAUUGCGAGUAUUGGUCAUCGGCUUUGAUUCCCGUAGGUUACGGAGGCGGCAUGAGCAGCGCUAAAGCGGCUUUAGAGUCCGACACUCGCACUCUGGCGUGGGAGGCAGGCCAGAAGUACGGUGUACGCGUCAACGCAAUCAGUGCAGGCCCUCUGAAGAGCCGAGCUGCCAGCGCGAUCGGCAAGUCUGGCGAAAAAACCUUUAUCGACUACGCGAUCGACUACUCCUACAACAACGCACCUCUACGAAGGGACUUGUACAGUGACGAUGUCGGCGGAGCUGCGCUGUUCCUGCUGUCGCCCUUGGCCCGAGCGGUGAGCGGCGUGACCCUGUACGUAGACAACGGUUUGCAUGCUAUGGGGCAAGCGGUUGAUUCGAGGUCCAUGCCACCUCUCCAGCGCCCUGCUGAGUAA